GGAGCCUCAUCCUCCCGUGCUGGCGCUGAAGCCCCGCCCUCUGGCGCCACAGCCGGCGGUAGUGGUGGUGGUGGUGGUGGUGGUGCGUCACGCACGGGUCGUUUGCCUCCGGGUGCACCACCGUCCCAGCCAACACGAAGAGCCCAACCCACACAGACUUCGAGAAGAUCGCAGUCUAGACAGCCACCACCAAUGAUCGACCUGACGCUGUCUUCGCCGAGUGGACCCUCCACCACCACCGCCAAACGCUCCGCAGCGCAAGGCCCAGCACGCAAAAAACAAAAAACAUCCAAGGCCCUAAAGAAACUAUCCGAAGACGAACGAGAGGACGAAGGCGAGAAUGAUGCCGAUGACGAUGACGACGACGCCGACACCGAAGAUGACGGAUUCACUAUGAUUCCCAUAGAGAAGCCGCCGGCGGAGGACGAGAAGCCAAAGAAGCUCGCGGGCACCGCUUGCAUCAUCUGCAUGGAGGACGAGCCCGUCGACUUGAGCAUCACACCUUGUGGCCAUAUGUUCUGCAACAAGUGCUUGUUUGGAGCCAUCAAGUCAACGCUACCCGCGCCUCAAAAGGUUCACGGAAAGUGUCCGGUUUGCAGAGGUAAGGUUGCCAUCAAGGACAUCAUCGUUCUUGAAAUUAAGAAGAGGUCCAAGGGCAAAGAUCGUGCCUAAUGACGACGAGUCGCCGACGCUUCUCAGGGCGAAGGAAUCGCAUGAUGUUCCUCUUGCCCACUUCCUGUGCCAUCUUAUGGGGUGUUUCUUUUUCCUCUGCUUUCCGUACUUUGAUCUCUCUGGGUACUGGUAACCGCUGCUUCCGUACCAUCCCAGAGUGUAAUGCUGCUAUGAUUGUCCUGCUGCUUUCUUCUUGUGCUUUUGGCGUUGUCUUCUAGCAUUGUUUUUUUCGGCUGCUUCGUGAUGGGGAUUCUGCUUCUGCUUCUGGUGUUCAGGGGGGGUGUCAAAGGUCGCUUUCGGCGAUAACAUGAGCUGGCGCGGGGGUUAUAUACAAGUAGUCGACGGUGCUGGGGCGUUCAAAAGGGUUAUUCAAAAUGCUUCCUAUACUGCUUCCCUAAGGCGGAGGGUAAAUUCUAGAGGAUUCCAAUCCUCGAUACAUUGUAGAGUACCAUUUAUCUGCCCUAUACUCCGCCGUGGGGGA